AUGGCAGACUUCGGGGUCUCGGCUGGCCAGUGUGUGGCGGUGGUCUGGGAUAAGCCCUCCCCGCCGGAGGCUCUGAAAGACCUGGUGGGAAAGCUCCAGGCGUCGACCGGCAGUGAGGGCCACGUGUCCGUGGAAAACAUCCACCAGCUGUUGCAGUCCGCGCACAAAGAAUCUAGCUUCGACGUGAUUCUAGCGGGUGCAAUUCCUGGAAGCUGCACUCUGCACAGCGCUGAGGCUCUGGCCGAGAUGGCCCGGAUCCUCCGGCCUGGGGGACGCCUUUUUCUGAAGGAGCCAGUAGAGACGGCUGUGGUUAAGGACAGCAAAGUGAAGACGGCACCUAAGCUGUGUUCGGCCCUGACUCUGUCUGGUCUUGUGGAAGUGAAAGAGCUGCAUCGAGAGUCCUUGAGCCCUGAGGAGUUACGGUCUGUCCAAGAACAUCUGGGCUACCACAGUGACAGUUUGGUCUCUGUGCAAAUCACAGGCAAAAAACCUAACUUUGAAGUGGGUUCUUCUAGUCAACUUAAGCUUUCUGCUGCCAAGAAGUCUGCUCCUACAGUGAAGCCUGCUGUGGACCCGGCAGCUGCCAAACUCUGGACCCUGUCGGCCAAUGACAUGGAGGAUGAGAGCAUGGAUCUCAUCGACUCCGAUGAGCUGCUGGAUCCAGAGGAUUUGAAGAAACCGGAUCCAGCUUCCCUGCGGGCCCCUUCAUGCGGAGAAGGGAAGAAGAGGAAGGCCUGUAAGAACUGCACGUGUGGCCUUGCCGAAGAACUGGAAAAGGAGAAUUCCCAGGCACAGACCAGCUCUCAACCCAAAUCAGCUUGUGGAAACUGCUACCUGGGCGACGCGUUCCGCUGCGCCAGCUGCCCCUACCUCGGCAUGCCAGCCUUCAAGCCCGGCGAGCAGGUGCUCCUGAGCAACAGCAACCUCAACGAUGCCUAG